UGCCGCCAUCCGCCGCCCGCCAAGAUCGACGCUCCCACCCGCCAGCCACACUCUCCAUUGGUGCGCGUGUUCGCAGAAAAUAGGCCCAGAAAAUGCGGCGGCGCGAGGGAUGUCCAUAGCGACGACGAGGAUGCAUGGCAACUGCGGGCGCACUAGACUGUUCGAGCUGAGGAGGCGUAGGAAGCGGCUCGAAGCGGCUGGAACAGACCGAGCACAACCGAGUCCACUUGCAGACGCAAUUCAGCGGAUCCUGUCCCAUCUGUCACGCGAGCGCACUCCUAGUCCCCGGCUCCUCGCCGUGCGCCACAGCGCUCGCGCAGCAUAUAAGACCUCGUCCCUCCACCAUCUCAACCCCCACCACGAAUCAUCCGCAUACACCCACUCGCACCACCGCAGCAACAUCAACGCAGUUUCGUUUGCCACCAUGACCCGCACUGAGCGCGCCGUACAUGCUGCUGCCCUUGUCAAAGACCGCUCCGUGUCGAAGAACGGCAUGGACACCAGGCUCCCCAAGGGUGGCGCGGGCGGCCACAACUGGGGUAACCUUUCGCGCGAGCAGUAUCUAGAGGAGGCCGCAAGCUACGACGAAGCAGCGGACUUCGCCGAGGAGGGACGUGAAGCACUAGUGGAGGCACCCCCACGCCCUACGACCGGGCGUCGCACGAGCCAGCUCACCGAGGAAGAGCUCCAACAAGCUAUCAAGCUGAGAAAGAAGGCUGCCCACAGCAACGACGUCGACCUAGGUUCGAUUGCUCGCAGCUCUGCUGCGGUGUCGCACUCGCCGCCAAACAAAGAUGUUCUCAUUGUCAAUGGUGUUAACACUACCGCGGUGACUGCUUAAUACAUGCAUCUGCAUCGCAUUGGGCACGGGGGACCAGGUACAAGAACGCCGCAUACUGUAAUUCAUAGACCGAAGUAGUCAAAGUAAACUGUAAAGUAGGAAGCACUGUCGCAUCGCGCAAGAAAGUCUGCAAGCAUAUGCAUGUGAACAAUCGAAGGUCACAGGCAGGUUGCGCAGCCUGAGUAGCCUUCGGGUCAGGAGGUUAAAGAUGUAUUCUUGAGGUGUGGA